AAGGCCGAGUGUUUGCGCUACCGGGCAGUAAGGGCUCAUUGCCUACACUGUGCCCGGUCAGAGCGAUAUGGAGGAGUUUGUGGAGAAGCAGCUGGAGCUCCUGAGGGAAGAGAGAGAGGCAGAGAUCCAAGAGACAAGAACAUGGCGGGAAAACAUCUCUUUAAAAGAACUGCAACGUAGAGGAGUGUGCCUUUUGAAGCUGCAGGUAGCCAACCAAAGGACAGGGUUGUACGGACGGCUGCUUGUCACUUUUACACCCAGGAAAUAUGACUCUGAAGCAAUUCUCCCAAGUAACAGCUUUGGCCCAGGGGAUAUUGUGGGACUGUAUGAAGCAAGUAGCCCAAAUGAACAGCUUGCUACAGGGAUUGUGGCCGGUGUUACACAAAAGGUUGUUAAUGUGGCUUUUGAUGAAUCCAGCAAUGAUUCGUUAAAUCUGGGGACCGAGUGUACCUACCGACUCCUGAAAUUAGCCAACGAUGUGACCUACAAAAGAAUAAAAAGAGCUUUGACCGCAUUGGGCCAGUACCGCAGUGGACAAGCAUCUAGUCUCAUUGAUGUCCUCUUCUGCUCAUCUGAACCCAGUCACUCCGUGCAAAAAAGACAGGUGGAGUUUUUCAAUUUGUCCUUGGAUGAUUCACAGAAAGAAGCUGUGAGUUUUUCUCUCAAUCAGAGAGAGGUUGCUGUUAUUCAUGGUCCACCGGGUACGGGAAAAACCACCACAGUGGUAGAAAUUAUUCUUCAAGCUGUGAAGGAAGGACUGAAGGUCCUCUGCUGUGCCCCUUCAAAUGUUGCUGUAGACAAUCUGGUGGAACGCUUGUCUGUUUUUAAAGAGAAGAUCUUGCGUCUGGGUCACCCAGCUCGUCUGCUGGAGUCCUUACAGCAUCACUCCCUGGAUGCCGUGCUGGCACGAAGCGACAAUGCACAGAUUGUGGCUGACAUAAGGAGAGAUAUUGACCAAACCUUUGCUAAAAUGAAAAAGCUGCACGGCAAGCAAGAGAAAAGCGGGUACAGAACGGAAAUUAAAGCUCUAAGAAAAGAACUGAAAGAGAGAGAAGAAGCUGCCAUGGUGGAGACAUUAAAAAGGGCCAAUGUUAUCCUUGCGACAAACACAGGUGCUUCACUGGACGGCCCGCUGAAAUUGCUUCCGGAAGAUUAUUUUGACCUAGUGGUGAUUGAUGAGUGUGCCCAAGCAUUAGAAGCAAGCUGCUGGAUAUCCCUACUGCAGGCUAAGAAGUGUAUUUUGGCUGGAGAUCAUAAGCAACUACCUCCUACUAUAAUCUCGCACAAAGCCGCAGCCAAUGGCUUGUCUCUUAGCCUGAUGGAGCGCGUAACUGAGAAGUAUGGGGAGAAAGUUGUGAAAAUGCUGACCGUUCAGUACCGUAUGCAUCAGUCUAUAAUGCAGUGGGCCUCAGAAGCACUGUACGGAGGGCGACUUACUGCUCAUUCCUCAGUUUCACAACAUUUAUUGAAGGAUUUACCAGGAGUUUCUGUAACUGAGGAGACCAGUAUCCCUUUACUGCUCAUUGACACUGCUCACUGUGGCCUCUUUGAAAUGGAAGUAGAAGAUGAGCAAUCCAAAGGAAAUCCAGGUGAAGUCCAACUGGUGGAUUUGCACAUUCAGGCUCUCACAAAAGCUGGUGUAAAACCACAGGAUAUUGCGGUUAUAGCACCCUAUAAUCUUCAGGUAGAUAUGUUAAGGCAAUGCCUGCGACAAAGGUACCCUGAUCUAGAAAUUAAAUCUGUGGAUGGCUUUCAGGGAAGAGAAAAGGAAGCCGUGGUACUGUCAUUUGUGAGAUCCAACAGUAAAGGGGAAGUGGGCUUCCUGGCUGAAGACCGGAGGAUAAAUGUCGCUGUUACGCGUGCACGCCGCCAUGUUGCAGUGAUCUGUGACUCCCACACAGUUGGAAACCACCAGUUUCUUAAGGAUCUUAUAACGUAUUUCAGCGAGCAUGGAGAAGUCAGGACUGCUUUUGAAUACCUUGAAGAUAUCGUGCCUGAGAAAUACUCUCGUGAAAAUGGGACUACAGGGAAGCCAGAGACCCAAGCUAAAAAAGCAGUGGGAACCAAGCAAAAAAAGCCGAAUACAGGGGGUCCCAGCCACCAAAGUCACGUAGAUACCACAAAAACUAUCUCCAAAGACAAAUUCAAAGCAAGUCCUGCAGUUGGGAAAAAUAAGUUGGAUCCACAUACUGACACUGUUAUGGCCAAGGACCAUCUCAGAACUAUGAUUGAAGAUUUUUUGAAAGACCCCAAUAAAACACAGCUUGUGUUUCCUUCAUCUCUUACUUCACACGAUAGAUUGCAGGUCCAUCAGAUGGCUGAGGAAUUGGGGCUGGCCCACACAAGUACAGGGGAUGGCAAGGAGAGAUCUAUUUCAGUUACCAAACCCAAAGCAAUUUCAGCAGAUGCUGUAUCUUCCCAAACAGAUGAUUCCGACGCUGGGCCGUGUUCCCAAUUACCCAGCCUGGGAAAUGAAAGCAGCCAAAAGAAGACAAAUUGCAGUCAAAGUUCCAGUAAAGUCGACUUAAAAACAUUACAUUUGGAAAGACUGCAGAGGGAAAAGGCGAGACUCGAAGAAAGGGUUAGAAAUAAGCAGGAUAGUUUGAGUCUGAAACCAGCAGCAAAGAAGAAAACAGAUGCAAAAGGGAAAACCAGCGGGAGUUCCAUAGCCUCAAGCACAGACACGGAGAAUUUUGAUGCCUUAAUUGCCGCCACCAUGAAAGCAGACAAUACCUGCGGCUUUGCUAAAUGUAAAACAAGUGUGGUGACGGUGGCGGACUUCUGCGCGCACUGCAAUAAGCGCUACUGCUUGAGUCACCAUAUUCCUGAGAUCCACGGGUGCGGGGAGAAGGCCAAAGCCAAUGCCAGAAUGAGGAUAAGCCGGGAAGGAGUCAUUUACUCAGGCAGUGGCUCAAAGGAUCACUCGCUAGAUCCAACCAAAAAAGCUCAUUUACAGAGAAGACUGGAUAAGAAAAUCAAUGAUCUGACGAGUCAAAGAAAAGCUAAAAAGAAGGAAAAAUAAAGAGUAGUUUUUUUGUAAAUAAAUGCUAUGUAUUUAUGACUUUU